UCGUAUUAAGAAAGGUGAAGCGGCCUGGCAUUGCUAUCCGUGCGAAAGUGAGGUUAGCGUCCGCACGUUCGGCGAUCUAUUAGAGGAGGACGACAAACGGGAUCCGAUGGGCAAUCUCGAUAGUCUGCUGGAUAAACACUUUGUGCGUUUCACCAAGCAGUAUGAGCAAAAAUUUGAGGCCUUUAGGUCCGAAAUUACAAGCAAUCUGGCAGACAUCAGAGCAGAGGUUAACGUUAGUCGAGAAUAAGAUUAACUCCCAUGUAAGCUUACCGGCAUCCAAUGAAGCAGUUUUCGUAGAGCUGAGCGAACGUAAACGCCGCGAGGCUAAUGUCAUUGCGUUCAACGUCCCUGAAUCAUCUAAAGCAACUGGAAAGGAGCGGCUGGAGGAUGAUAGAUCAAGUCUGUCAUCUAUCCUGCCACCAGAGUUAUCUUGUGACUCAACUGGCCUAAAACUUCGUAGACUGGGACGACACACACCAGGUCGUUCCCGUCCACUACUUGUAGUGACCCCAACUGCAACGGAUGCACUCACCUUACUCAAAAGUAAGCCAGCUGAUGGUAACACCACGAUAUCUUUCAAACCGGAUCUCACUCCAACACAGCAGGAAUAUCUGAAGAGCUUACGCUCUGACCUUGCCUCCCUUGAGAAGAAUGGUGAUUUGAGCAAGACAAUAAAAUAUGUGAAUGGCAUACCGAAAAUAGUAACAAAGAAUUUUCGUUCGAUCAGAGAGGAGGAGGAAAGUGACAAAUCUCACCGUCUACUACCAGAAUGUUCGCGGUCUACGCACAAAACUCUGUGAAUUUCUCAAAGCCACGUCAAUUAGUCACUACGAUAU